AUGAAUUUCUAAGAACACUUCUUGAUUCUCUUCACUCUGCGACUCGGAUUUCAUAAAAAAAUGGUUAUCCUACACGAGCUGUAUUUGUGUCUUAUGACUAUUAGCGAACGUUGAUAGAAAUUCCGCCGCGUUCUUUGAUCCCUUGGAGUAAAUAAAGUAAAUGGUCUGUUGCGGUUGGCUGAGCUGAAAUGGAUAGGAAACUGUCAGAAACGGCGAUCAAGAUUAGCCAGGCUGAUAGGACCAGGAGGAGGGCAUACGUCUGGUUAAAUACGCUUCAGGAUCUGUUGUCGGUACAUUGUCUUUCUUGCUUCAGAAGGUGUAAAUGACAGUCUGGAUCCAAGCCCAAUUUCCUUUUUAAGAUUUGUUCUCAUCUAUUGUUUUCUAGUCUGCGAAGUGUUUCAAUGCUACGAAGAACUUCUCAGCCCCGUGUGUUUGAUUGGUUGAUACAAGGUUUUGAAAAGAAAGGAUUUUUUUUAUGAAUACCAGACCAGCCGAAAGCAGGAGUUUUACAUGCGACUCGAUUCAUAAAGGUAAUCCUAGUAGGGCAUAUUAACUGUAGAAGAGCACGCAAAAGCCGUCGUCGUCUCUGGCCCUACUAUAAGCAGUGUCUUGUUUCCCUGAGACAGGUGCAACUUCGCCUUCCUAUUGGCUACGGUUCUUUAGUAUCCAACCUUUCGCUCACACAAUAUCAAAUAUACAUCAUCAUAGAACGGAACCCCCACAUUCUGCGUAACAAAGAGAAGCUUUAAAUGGCGAACAAUUCUACGGAAGGACUGCGUAACUCCAGCGCAAUGCGCUUCUCGCACAUUCAGCUAAUUUCGUGGACGAUUGCGUACAGCUUGAGCGAUGUGGCCAUAGUGCUGGGCAAUGCACUUGCGCUGGUAGUAUUUUUGUUGGGGAAUAGAUACAAUACAUCUAAAGCCAACUACUUUUUGAUCAACCUUGCCGUCGCGGAUGAGCUCGUUGGUGUAAUCUCCCUUCCAUUGUACAUCUACCACUUAGUAGCCUACAUCAAAAAAGGAAAUUUCUUCGCGGGGAGAGAGGUGUACUACGUUCUUUACAUGGGCGUUGAUAUGCUGUCCGGAUUUGCCUCGAUGCUAACAAUAGUCGCUAUUGCGCUCGAUCGAUUUUUCGCGGUAUGCUAUCCGCUCCGGCAUCGUGUCACAUCUUCAAACGUGUACUUUUUGCUCUUAGGCGUACUUUGGUUAUUCCCUGCCGCAAUUGCAAUUUGGUGGGUUCUUUGGGUUGAAGACCAUGCCGCUUUCGCCUACUUCAUGACUGUGGUAAUUGUUUGUUUUAUGUUAGCGCUUUCGGUUGCGCACGCUCUUAUUAUCAUCAAAGUCAAGUUUCGUCCUGUUCGGAAUAUCAGCCGCCGACACGCUCAACAAGAACGCCACUUAAUGCGACUCUUGAACGUCGUCACUAUUGCGUUCCUUCUAUCCUGGCUCCCGAUCCAUGUCUUAGACUUUGUCUACUUUUUCUUUUGCCGAACAUCGUAUUGCGCGGUAUAUAACAUAAUAAAUGUUUUUUAUUUCGCAAAGUUUCUUCAAUAUGCGGGUUCGUUUGUUAACCCCCUUGUAUACUACGCAAACAAUAAAGACUUUCGGCGGUCUUUGCGUGGACUUGUCAACAAGGGAAAAAACUCUCUUGCAUCAUUUGGAAUCACCACUUACUCCAAGAAAUAUCAUAUGUCCAGAAAGAACAGAUCUUCCUCCAGAGAUGAGAAAUGCGGGACUCAUGAUACGAAUCUUUAAGGAGACUCUCAUGUUUUCAACAUAUUAUGUAUUUCUUGCAAAGCUCUACAGAAAUAGCCUCCAGCGCAUAAGGGAGCCCAAGUAAAAGCGGGUGCGUGGGAGAAAAUAGGUGCUCUGAUUCCAUCAAAGACAAUACAAGAGCACAAGUCUGUACAUUGCUAUAUACCCUACGAUAAUUAAAAAAAAAUGUUGUAUUUAGAAUAUAUCUUGGACUUCUGCACUCAUCACGGAGUACUGCAUAGAUCCUUUUAAAGUACAAUCCCGACCACGAAACAGCUUUGCUUUUGUAUAAAUAUGCUGUAAUUAAGUAUGGAAUGCAGAUGGUCCUUAGGUACAGCUUGUGUGGUGCAGUGUGUUAGUGUAUGGAUCACUGUGCAGGUAUUCCCUAGGUACAGCUUGUGUGAUGCAGUGUGUUAGUGUAUGGCUCACUGAGCAGGUGAUCCCUAGGUACAGCUUGUGUGGUGCAGUGAGUUAGUGUAUGGCUCACUGAGCAGGUGAUCCCUAGGUACAGCUUGUGUGGUGCAGUGAGUUAGUGUAUGGCUCACUGAGCAGGUGAUCCCUAGGUACAGCUUGUGUGGUGCAGUGUGCUAGUGUAUGGCUCACUGAGCAGGUGAUCUCUAGGUACAGCUUGUGUGGUGCAGUGUGUUAGUGCAUCGCUCACUGUGCAGGUAGUCCCUAGAUCCAGCUUGUGUGGUGAAGUGUGUUGGUGUAUGGCUCACUGUGCAAGUGGUCCCUAGGUACAGCUUGUGUGGUGCAGUGUGUUAGUGUAUGGCUCACUGAGCAGGUGAUCCCUAGGUACAGCUUGUGUGGUGCAGUGACUUAGUGCAUGGCUCACUAUGCAGUUGGUCCCUUGGGACAGCUUGUGUGGUGCAGUGUGUUAGUGCAUGGCUCACUAUGCAGAUGGUCCCUUUAUACAGUUGUGAAAUGUGUUUGUGCAUAGCUAACUGGACAGAUUGAUGCAAGGUAGAAGUCUGUAAAAUCCCGGAUAAAAUACUUUACCAAUCUAUAGCCAUUUCAGAGCCUGAUUGCCGCCCUAAUAUCGUAUCUGAUCUAUAUUCUAAGUAAGAUCUCGCAUACUGACCACAAAAUAUAGAAACCAAAUUAUCGCCUCUUUUUAUCGUAAUUUUACCAAUGAUUCAGGAAGUAAAUGUCGCGAAGCCCUCGCCCCCUACGACGUCAGCUAAACAUCUUAAUUGUAGAAGAUAGACGCACGCAAGAUUUAUUUUCGAAGUUAUCUUGGAUAAAAAAAAAAACGUAAAAAACACUUUUCAUGUUGUUCCUCCUCGAGUGAGGUUGUGCUCUGAUUAGUGCUAAGCUAGACAGACAGUUGCCUCGGGAUAAUACUGACAGAGAUAAGGGUGGCGCUAGCUUGGCGCUAGCUUGGCGCAUUAGUGAAAACUGUGAAUCGUAAUCCUUUUAUAAUUACAGCCUUUCCCUUCCUCGACGAUUAAAGCUCUGUUUAAAGAUUUUUCUUUUUUUAAGCCGAUUAGCGUAUCGUUGUAAUAGGUUUCAUUGCUUCACAAAGAAGACGAUUCACAAAGAAGACGAUUUCGGUUUCGUGUAAGUAAAAGACUUAAUUAACCAUAUAAAAAAAGCAGAAGAAAACGAAGGCAACUAUCAUAAGCAAAAACUUUUCUUUCAUCCCCUCUGUCAUCACGCGACCACCUGAUCUCGCAUUCCUCUUAGCGAUAGCUUUUUAGCUAACAAGUAUGUUAUUCAUAUUCAUAUCUACAGUUGAAGUUAGGAUUCAAAAAUAAAAAAUAAACAUCCCUUACCCCUUGAA